AUGUCUUUCAAUGAUGCUUUUGCAGGCUACCGAUGGUCCUAUUUCUCAUCUCUCACGGAUGAAGCGCUGCGUUCCAGGGGGCAAAUCUUCAUCGAUUCCACAAUCUGGAAAGCACUUACGGAAUACGCGACCACCGUGCGAGGUGGAAAAGGGUGCAUUAUUUUGCCAGAUAUUGGUCUCGGAUUCAAUCAUAUGGUCCGCAUCAUUGAAUUCGACGGCAAUGUGCAAUGGGUAGCGCGACUGCGGAUGCAAUCUUUAUCCCGGAAUAGAGAUGGCUCGAAAAAAGCGGAAAGUGUUAUGAAACUCGAGCACAGUAUGAUUUUGCUCGUCAAGGAGCACACCAAUAUCCCUGUCCCGCAAGUCCAUGCCAUCGAACUCGACCCAGCUUGCGGAGUGAAUGCCCAAUUCAUGUUGAUGGACUGCCUUAAGGGCAACGCUGGAAUAGAUUUCGGUAUGAAAAUACCUUCUACCCACAAAAAUUACGUUAUGUAUCGGAUGGCAGAGAUACAGGCACCUUACAGCUAUGUGCAACUACCGAAAAUCGGGGCUAUCCUCCACAGAAACGAGGACGGUUCGUUUGAGCAAGGGCCUAUUCCUGGAAUAGGCGGUCCUUUCGAAACGGCUGCCGAGUUCUUCAAGGCAUGGGCGGCCAAUGUUGAGUUCGGUUUAUCUAAGGAUAGAUUGAAGGAGGCAGCGGGCUCUCUUGCCGAUGAAUUAUCUUCGUCUGCAGAUUCCUUCAGAUCUUCCGUCGGUAGUCUGGCUGAAAGCCUCUCUGUCCGAAAUACAGGUCCUUUUCCCUUGCACCACGGUGACUUCGGCCAUAACAAUAUGAUCUUCGACGAUGAGUACAAGUUGCUAGGUGUUAUCGACUGGGAAGCCGCAUUUGCAGGGCCCUGGGAAAUAUCCAGCGAAUUCCCUUUGACCCUGUCUAUAGUACCACCUGCUAUGGAUGCACCUUGGAAUUAUGAUGACAAAGGUCACCCGAAUGAUGCAGGAGAUAUCCAGAAAUUUGCGGAUAGAGAAGUCUAUAUCGCUAUGGUGGCCGAGAAGGAAAGAGAAAUGGGCCUCAUUGAGGGCUAUCGUCUGUCAACGGCCUUACAAGACCGGAAUCGACAGUAUUUGGCUACAGCCAUGAGGUUAUAUCAGCGAGGAAAGCCGGGAUGGUAUGCAAAGGUAGUGGAAAGACUUUCCCAAGGGAGCACAUCAUAA